AUGUCUCAUGAAGAAUUUAUUUCAAAUAUAUAUUCUCGUUUAUCAAAAAUCCUAUCCACUGAUCCAUUAUUAUCUGAUAUAAAAUGUCAUCCUUCAAAAAUUUCUUUUUCUAAAUUAAAUCAACUUGAACAAGGACAACUUAUAAAUAUAUCUAUUCGACGAUUUGAUAAUUCAUUAAUUAAUGUUUAUCUAUCAGAAGAAGCUCGUGUAUAUCAAUUAAAAAGAGCUAUUAAAGAUUUAUUUUCAAAUAAGAAAAUCAAUUGGAAAAGUAUUUGGAAAAGAUAUGUAUUAGCUACUUAUGAUCAUCAACAAUUAAUUAAUGAUAAUCGACGAAUUAAAUACUAUGGAGUCUAUAAUAACUCAGAACUCUUUUUUAUUCGUCGACGUCGAUUAAAAUGA